UUUUGUUGUGAGAAAUAAUGAAUUGAAUGUAUUGUCGAUGAGUUGAGUGAAAACUAAUUGAAAGCAUAAUAUUUAUGACACGAAAUGAGUGUUUAUUUUUGAGUGAAUCAAUUGUUUAUCGAGAAAAACGAGUUUUGAGCACAAAUUUAGUGCACAUUUAAAGCCAUUGUAAACAAUGUUUACAACAUUUAACAUGUAUUUCAACACAAAUGCAUUGAUUUGAGUGACAGAUAGUGUACUCUUACUCUCAACAUAAUUAUAGUGUAUAUUCAUUACUAUUAACCCAUUAAAGCACUCAACCAUUGGUUUUACAUAAUAAACACAACUCUAUUAUAAACACUGUUUUCAAUGGAUUCAACGCUUUCUAGCGAAGAGUUUCAACGAUUGCAGACACAAUUAUUGGAGUUAAAGACAGACAACUACUCGUUGGCCGAAGAGAAACGAAGGGAUCAAUCGGUGAUCGACGGACUCAGACAACGGGUCGAGACGUUGGAGAAGCAGUUGUCCAGAGCUCAGACGGUCAACAAAAUCAAUCCGUUAUCGUUGGCCCGAAAUAUCGCCAAUAAAGUGGACCAUAAGCUCCGGUCGGGCGCCGACACCAGUAGUGACCACUUGAUCGCCGAGAAUGAGCUAUUGAUUCGACGAAUUGAGUCACAGGAGCAGGAGUUUCGUGUGACCAACAAUACUCUUAAAGAGGAGAUCCAUUCUUUGGUUGCCACUAACCAAUCACUGGAGGAUCAGUUAAGAGGCAUUCGCGCGAAUCCGCCCAUUGAAUGCGAUUUAGGACGAAGUGGUGGUAACAGCGACGACAAGAAUUGCGGACAAUUAGGAGAGAGUGGCGGAGACCCGAUGGCCGCCAAUCACUUGUCGUUCGCCAUUUUGGCCGAAAAGGAGAAGUUAGAGCUGAAGGUAUACGACCUCCAGGAAGAGGUGAAGAAUAUGCAAAAGGAGAACCAAUCGAUGGUA